AUGAAUAAAAUGGCAGCAGGCGCUUGUUUUCCUGGAUCCUGUGCCGGCUUCCAAGUUGAUCUUGACGAUCCGGGUCCACCGUACGAUGAGCGCAUUUUGUACAGAAAUUGUUCUUGUGUUAUUCAAGAGCAAAUUGGACCGGGAUCUUCGAAGUCAACAUGGAAAGCUACUUUAGAUCCUGGCAAGAAUUUGCCCUGUUCAAACAGUGGUCUUCAACGCAACGGCAAUGAAAUUGAAGUGAAAUCAUCAGCAGGUGCUGAAGGCAACGGACAAGUGCCACAGCAAUCCAACAAUGAACAAAAGAAAUGA